GCUACGUUUACGGCCUGCAGUAGUAAUUGAUCCACACUCAAACUAAAGGCCCCGCAGUCGUAUUGUAUCACCACCUACAGUAACCACCUUCGUCAUCGCUCAUUACCAACAUCAUUAACAGGAGCUCCAAAGCAUUCCACCGAUUGAUGUGGGCUUCUGUUACCGGCGGUGGUCUACGAUUUCUACGCUACCACCGUGUUUCUCUUCCUCCUGUUCCCUUCGUCUCCUCUUCUUCUCCUCCGAUUACGAUUUUUCGUGCCCUAGCUCGGAUGGACUCGGCAAAAUAUACAGCCGGUGGCUCUUCUUUCACUGCUUCUGCUCAUUCAAGUGGAAGUGGUGGUCGAGGAAGAGGUUUCGAACUGAAAGAUAAUCGCGAAAGAUCGAGAGGCCGUGGCGGUGGUUCGGGCAAAGACAAAAUUGAUGCUCUUGGGAGACUUCUAACACGGAUUUUGCGGCACCAGGCUUCUGAGUUGAACUUGAAUUUGAGGAGUGAUGGCUAUGUUAAGGUUGAAGAUCUAUUAAAGCUCGAUUUGAAAACAUUUGCCAACAUUCCACUGAGGUCACACACAAUUGGUGAUAUUAGAGAGGCUGUCAGAAAAGACAAUAAACAGAGGUUUAGCCUGUUGGAAGAGAAUGGGAACCUUUUGAUACGUGCAAACCAGGGACACUCAGUAACGGCGGUUGAAACUGAAAGAUUAUUAAAACCUAUACUAUCAGCUGAAGAAGUACCUGUCUGUGUACAUGGGACCUACAGGAAGAAUUUGGAAUCAAUUCUGGAGCAUGGUCUUAAAUGCAUGAAUAGAUUGCAUGUCCACUUCUCAUGUGGGUUGCCAACAGAGGGUGAAGUGGUUAGUGGUAUUAGACGGGAUGUUAACGUCUUGAUAUUUCUCGAUGUCAGAAAAGCUUUGGAAGAGAGUAUGAGGCUUUAUAUUUCAGACAACAAGGUGAUCUUGACUGAAGGUUUUGAUGGUGUUGUGCCAGUAACGUUCUUUGAGAAGAUCGAGUCAUGGCCAGAUAGACGACCCAUACUAUUUUAGACGGGAUGCAAGUGGUUUUCUCUCUUACUUCAUUAUUUGCAGGGGGCUACUUCAAGGUCUCUAGAGAUUGUUUGACCUAGAAUUGCAUGACCACGCGGAUAUCAUAUGAAUCUGAAUCCUCUCAGUUUUAGAUUUUAUCAAUUUCGAUCGAGUUAUUGGUGCUCAAUGUGUGUUGGAACUGUUGAUGGAGCCCUAUCAAAAAAAUUUAUAUAAUUGCACCGCUGAAAUUUAUGUAAUACUGAUUACUGGUUAUACUGUGAGUACAUGUAAAGUUCUCAUCUUCCUAUUUAAGGAGUUGAGCUGAAAAAUGGCUUGAUGAACCAUUCUCUUUG